AUGAACCAAAUCCGCCAGCUCCAGGCGCUCAACAAGCGUGAGCUCGAGAAUGCUGUACCCCCGGAGGCGUCCUGGCAUGCAGACUACCGGGACACCGCAUACAUCUACAUCGGCGGCCUUCCUUUCGAUCUCUCAGAGGGCGAUAUCGUGACGAUCUUUUCGCAAUAUGGAGAGCCUGUCCAUGUGAACCUUGCGCGCGACAAGGAAACAGGCAAAAGCCGCGGGUUUGCGUGGCUCAAAUAUGAGGACCAGCGCAGCACAGACCUCGCAGUCGACAACCUCGGAGGUGCAACAGUCCUAGGACGCAUGUUGCGGGUCGACCAUGCACGGUACAAGCGACGCGACGACGAGGAAGAAGGAGACAAUGUUGGUAAAAUCAUGGGCGAUGUAGCGCCUCCGAACAACAGAACGGACGAGGACAGAGAUCGACACGGCCGCAGGAAGAGAAACGAUAAAGAAGAACCGCGGCCUAUGCUGAAGGAAGAAAGAGAGCUGGAGGAGCUCAUUCAGAAUCACGACGAGGAAGAUCCAAUGAAGGAAUUCCUCAUUGAAGAGAAGAAGGAAGAGAUUGUACUCGCCCUGGAGAAGUACAAAAACGACAAGAGAUCCUCCCGGCGACGGGAUAGUAGCAGAGAGAAAUCCAGCCGACACCACCGCCGUCAUCGAACGAGGUCUCGCGAACGUAGACAUCGGGAUGAUCGUUCUCAGGGUGAAGAGAGAACAUCUCGGCGCCGGUCUACAGAACGAGAACAACGAUCACGGAGAGAUAGGUCCACGGAGAGGAUCGAACCGUCAAGGAGGGACAGGAACCGGUCCAAGGAUAUGUCUCGAUCUCCUGACUCUCGAAGACGUCGGAGUGACCGAGAGCGAGACGACCGCGGCGAUCGAGACCGACGCGAUCGUCGCCGCUGA